GCCGACUAUCAGGAUAAACGUGGUGUUUCUGUAACCGUGAUGGAGCCGAAGCCUUCAGCAGCAGUGAUUAGUUGUGUUCCUCCUUACGGACAUGUUGUCAUCAACGCCAAGUGGAGAGGAUCCACAUUAGUGCAGCACUUUAAAGGAACUGUGAAGACUGUCUUUGAGGAGCAGCUUGGUGUUGUGGACCUUCACCUCAGUAACAAAAGUUGUAUCUUGUAUGUGUCAGAGAGUGACUUGGUGGCAGGAAAUGAUUACAAGAGAAAAAUUGUUAGAUUCAGAAACGCCAAUAGUAACUUCUGUGGGAUUGUUCUUGUGGAGAAGACUCAUCUCAGUGAGCAGUACUUUAGUGCGCUGCAGAAGUUUGUGGUGUUGGAGCUCGGCCUGACCCUGCUGCAUGUCCCAGGUCCUGCUGAAGCAGCACAGCUCAUUGCACAGAUGGUGCAUGGAGAGAGCAAGGAGAACCCAUUCCGUAGGAGAAGCACAGCUAGACUUCUGGACCCAGUGGUGGUGAGCUUGGUACAGCAGAUCCCUGGGGUUGGCAAGGUGAAGGCCAUGGUCCUACUCCAGCACUUCUCUAGCAUCCAUAAGAUCUGCAAUGUUUCAGUUGAGGAGCUGGAGCCUGUUGUGGGGCAGGCCACUGCUCAGAACAUCUGGGCUUUUUUCCAUGACAUACUUCCAUGAUGAAGUGACACAGGACACUGUACAGAGACUUUCACAUUUCACAUUUCUUAUUCAAGAAAAACUGAAUCUUUAUUUUUUUUUCAGGCAACAUUUCCAAACCAUUUUUCUGCUGUGCAAUUAAUUUGUUUGUUUGUCCUUUGAAAAAAGUGUAUACAUACUCUGUCAUUUUAUUUCAUAUAUUUAUUCCUCUUCAGCAACUUCUUUGUCCUGGAUAAGGCCCUGGAGCUUGUCCCAGGAACAUAUAGUGCAUACAGCAGUCCAUCACAGGGAACCAUACACACACACACACACACACACACACACACACACACACACACACACACACACACAUACACACACGCACACACAAACACACUUGAACUCUCAUUCACACUAGCAAAAAGAGUAGAAUGUCUUCCUACCAGCAGGUUUUACGGAGCAAACAAGAGAACAAACUCAACCGCAGUCCUGUCGCUCUGUGUCUAAGUAGCUAGACAAACUUUCCCAGUGGUGGUCAUAUUUACCUGCAAUGCUUGAUUUAGAAUUUUUAUAUUUUUUCUGUUCUUAUACACUGGACAAGAAACAGAGGAAUGUAACUGUUAACUAAUAUAUGUGAUUUUUUUUGUAAGCAUUUAAUGUAAAUGUGUCAAUGUUUAGUUAAUUUAGUUAAUUUGUUAUAUA